AUGUUCACCUACAGCACACCUGACAUCACCGACAAUAUCCAGCCGUUCUUCGUCCGCUCUAGCUCGACUCCUCGACCAGACGAGAUUACCCUUGCUACUUUCAUCCCUCAGAACGAAUUCUCGGAAUUGGUUGCCCUCGUAGAGCGCUUCCCUGGUCCUAUCUCUGCGGUGCUGCAUAUCGACAGUCCAUCGGACUUGCCUGGUGCACCCAACCCGAUCAAGAGACUUCAAGCUCUGCGUGCUAGUAACCCAAAGGUGCGCCAGCAGGUCGACAUCCAUCUUAUCACCACGCCCCCAACCCAUCGCCAGAGCGUUUUUCUGCAACAAACCAACCUCCACCGCAACAUCGCCCGCUUCUUUGCUCGAUCUGACUAUGUACUCUUGCUGGAUUCGGAUGGUUCUCUGCCUAUGACCGAUGUGGCCAAGAGUUUUGCAAACUACCCUCAGUGGAUGGACAAGCUCCGUGCAGGCAACGUCUUUGUCCUACCAGGAUUCAAUGUCUCGAUGACAAGCCCAGUUGAUGAAGAGCAAAAUACCAAUGCUGGGCUGGUCCCAGCGCUGGCUCAGGCAUCCUUGCCCACCGACAAGGAGUCGCUGCUCGAUUUUGUUCGUACGGGUCAGGUUGUGCUAUCUGAGAAGACCUGGAAGCGAACCAUCCGCAACGUCGAUUUCAAUACCUGGGCGACCCAAACUCGUCUGAGCGCUAUUCAGAACUAUGACCCCUAUUUCAGCCCAUCUGUCGUCAUUCGAAGGGAUAAGAUGUUAUGGUGCCCAGAGAGAUUCGGCAACAACCAUGCUGCCUGCAUGUUUGAGCUCUACUUGAGCGGUGCUGACUUUUGGGUUCUGCCCAACGAUUUCACCGUCAAUGGCGGUACUCGAACAGAGCUACAGACCACAGAACGUGAGAAAACCAUCAACACCCGUCUCUACCAAAAGUUCCAUGAAGAAUCCUGCUUGAAGCAUGCGCGCGCCUUUUAUGCGGCAGGUGAAUGGGACUCUGAUCGUGCCCGCCACUGCCGAAUCAGCUGUCAAAAAGGUAAUGAUAUACUAUUUAACGCCUGA